GACAGCAAGAAGGUCUAUGUUCGGGGCGAAGCCGAAAAGCAUUUACGGGAGACAUUGCGCCACAAUAAUGAAAAGCAUUGCGCUAAUUCUGAUCGCUUCCUGCAUUCCUGCCAUCCGCGACACUCUCGCCUACCCGCACACAACUGAUGAUUUCAUUGUCACGCUAAGUACGUUCAGCGACGAGAGCACUUCAGCGUCCGGUGGAAGUGCGGAGGAGCAGGCCACGGAUGAUUUGAUUUUCCUGGCGCAUAAAAGCCAAAAGCAGUCGAUGGUCACACAACGGCCGCACCAAAUUGAUUUGCUGACCUCCGAUGAAGAGGACUCAUUACUAGAUCAGUCGCGCGAGUCGCUGGAGCAGAAGCAGAAGCAGGAGGUGGCGGCAAGGGGACCGCCCGUCGAUCUCCGCGAUUUCGUGGCGCUAAUACCAGUGCAGGAGGUUCAGGCAAUUACCCGUAAUUACUAUCGCCACGACGAGGAAGUGCAACGGGCCUACGCAUUUCUCUCUAGCAGUAAUUUUGCGAUUCUGCAGCAACGGGUUGUGGAGCUGCCGGAAGUGCGAGCGUUUGUGCAAUAUCUGAACAGCAGUGGCCUCGAUGUGGUUAAGCUGGCGUUGGCGCUGCAAGGGUCCAUGGGUUGGACGUCACUAAGCGCCGCAGCAGGCAACGAAAUUGCUGUCACGCCCUCUGCCAGCUGUAUUGAAGACGUUCGGGAAGGUGCUGCCAAGGAUAAUUUGCACGGUCUGCAUGGACUGGUGGACAGCGUGCUCGACGUGCUGCCCAUGGACCAAGUACUGGCCACAUUCUUUGACAAAAUCGAAACGGAUGAAGGAUUCGCUCACUUAGUGGACUGUAUAGGCACGCAGAAGUUUGCCAACCUCUUGUGGAAUCUAAAGAACUCAGCGACUCUGCGAGAUGUGAUUGCGGUACUUCACAGCUACGGUAUCGACUUGCCCCGCAUUGUGGAAUCAUUGAAAGUGUACUUCUUCCUGUCGAGUUUUUAGGCAUCAAUUCAUAAGUUCAACAAAAUGCAAAAGUGGAAAGCGGAGAAGGCAGCCAAAGGAUUCCUUUAUUUAUUUACGAACAGCGACGCCAGCAGCCACUACAAAAGGAAGCGGCGAGCUGUGUGCGCCCAUUGUUGGCAAGAAUAUUGAAGUGCUUCGCCUGGCGGCCAUAAAAAUAAAUGCCUAAGCAAAAAUGAGCUAUAAUAAAA